AGGCUGUGGGGAAACUCUACCAAAUGUGUUAGUGUACGUAUGCUGCAUAGUUAGAUGCAAGAGUGGAUAACGAUAGCAAUGGAAGGAGGUGCAGCAAAAGUGGGUCUCCAUUAAUAAGGUAGGGAAUAAGGUUAAGGAGUUUAAGGCAGUGGUCUGAAAGGAAAAUCUAGAAGGAGUCAGAUUUCAGUGUUGGAGCACUCAUUGCAAUGAGUCACUGAGAGAGCCUGAGAGCUGCCUUUGUUUCACUCGAACGUUGGAGGAGACAACAGACUCCAAUUUUUAUUAACUUUUUCUUUUCAGAAGUAAAAAUUCAUGUUCACUGAACAUUUUUCCCACUUAAGGUCUUUCAACAAACUUUAAAAAAAAUGCUCUCAAGGCAUUGCUGGCGGCCCUGGAAUUUGCUACUGCUGCACUGGGGUUCAUUUCUCCCUGUUGUUUUAGCGGCUCAGGUCAUAGAAGAACGAGGAUCAAAGGGUCAUCUUGAUCUGACAGAGCUGAUAGGAGUUCCACUCCCUCUUUCUGUCUCCUUUAUCACUGGCUAUGGAGGGUUUCCAGCUUACAGUUUUGGACAAGAUGCUAACAUCGGCCGUUUGACAAGCACUUUAAUACCACAGACCUUCUAUAGUGAUUUUGCUAUCGUAGUUACAGUAAAACCAAACAGCGAUGAUGGAGGUGUACUAUUUGCAAUAACAGAUGCCUUUCAGAAAACUAUAUACUUGGGAAUGAGACUAUCGCCAGUUGAUGAUGGCACCCAGAGAAUAAUCAUGUACUACACAGAGCCUGGUUCCCACAUCUCCCGAGAGGCUGCUUCAUUUAAAGUUCCAGUGAUGACUAAUAAAUGGAAUCGAUUUACAGUGACUGUUCAGGGAAAUGACACUGUUCUGUUCAUGGAUUGUGAAGAAUAUAACAGAGUUCAGUUUCAGAGGUCAUCUCAGGCCUUGCAAUUUGAAUCCAACUCUGGUAUAUUUGUUGGAAAUGCAGGAGCAGCAACAGGAUUGGAAAAAUUCACAGGGUCGAUUCAACAACUAAUGAUCAAACCUGACCCAAGGGCUACUGAAGACCAAUGUGAAGAUGAUGACCCAUAUGCAUCGGGAGAUUCUAGUGGCACUGGUAGCAUUCAAGAGCAGGAAGGUCUUCCUGAGACAGAAGAAGUCAUUGCAUCUUCUCAACCCCUAGUUCAACCAGUGCAGGAAAUGAUCAACAUGAAAGUGAUGCCACUACGGUAGCCCAGGAAAUACUAAAACCAGAAGCUGGUUCUGGUGCUAUUGUUUUGCAAGGAGUGAGCAGAGAAAAGGGUCAAAAAGGUGAGAGAGGUGAAAAGGGAGAGCAAGGGCCGCGAGGACCACCAGGACAGUCGGAACUAGAAGAAAUGCAGACAGGGAUUCAAGGACCCCCUGGGCCUCUAGGAAAACCUGGGCGAGAUGGUGAACCUGGCAUUCCUGGUAAAGAUGGAUUGCCAGGUGAAAGAGGUCUUCAGGGAUUGCCAGGGUUGAAGGGAGAGGAUGGCCUUAAAGGAGAAAAGGGUCUCCCUGGGCCACCAGGCCCUCCAGGAUUACCCGGAGCUCCAGGAAAACCUGAUUCAAAUUCAGGACCCUCUGGAUCACCAGGGAAAGAUGGGAAAGAUGGACCUUCUGGUGAGCCAGGCCCUCCAGGGCCCCAAGGACAUCCUGGACUUGAUGGAAUGGUUGGCCCUCCUGGAAAGAAAGGAGAAAAAGGUGAUCAAGGUCUUCCUGGUGCAGUUGGCCCAAAGGGAGAUGCUGGAGAUAUUGGAUCACCAGGCCCAGAAGGCCAGGCAGGUGCUGAUGGGCAGCCUGGAAAGCCUGGACCUCAAGGACCACCUGGACCACCAGGGCCACCUGGCCCAGGCUAUGGGUUUGGAUUUGAGGACAUGGAAGGAUCAGGGAGCAUCAGUUUGUUGAGUGAACCCAGAAUUCCAGGAUCAAGAGGGCCAAAUGGUCCUGUUGGGGAGACUGGACACCGUGGGCCAAUGGGACCAAAGGGAGAAAAAGGGGAUACUGGUCCACCAGGUAUAGCAGGUUUAAAGGGUAAGCAAGGUGCAGAUGGAAAACCUGGAUUUCCCGGUGUUGCUGGACGUCCUGGAGAUGCAGGUCAAAAAGGGGACAAGGGUGACACAGGAUCCAAGGGUGAACCAGGACAGGAUGGUGCCAGUAUUGUUGGACCACCAGGGCCACCAGGACCACCAGGGCCAAUCAUAGCAGUACCACAGCUACUACUCAAUGAUACGGAUGGAAUUUCUAAUUUUACUGGAAUUAAAGGACUGCUUGGGCCUCCAGUCUGGAGGAGGCAUGCUGGGGAUCUGGGGCCAGACGGCAGGCCCGGUCUACCAGGCUUUCCUGGCCCAAGGGGACCAAAAGGUGUCAUUGGACUGACUGGAUUACAAGGACCAAAAGGACAACAGGGUGAAAAGGGAGAACCCGGAUUUAUUGUAUCUGCAGAUGGAUCUCUAAGAGAACUAACAGGAAGACAAGGGCAGAAGGGUGAACGUGGGCCAAUGGGGCCACCAGGGCCUAUGGGACCAGUAGGACCUUCUGGACCUAAGGGAGAACUUGGUAUUCCUGGACGACCUGGCCGCCCAGGAUUGAAUGGACUGAAAGGUGUAAAAGGUGAACGGGGUGUAACAUUAUAUGGUCCUCCUGGCUUGCCUGGGCCCCCGGGACCCCCUGGACCUCCAGGGGCUGUAAUUCACAUCAAAGGAACAGUUUUCCCAAUUUCUCCCAGACCCCACUGCAAAAUGCCAGUUGGCACUGCUCAUCCUGGAAACCAAGAAGCUAACAUUUAUGCAGGUAUGAAAGGCGAACCAGGCUCCUGGGAACUGCAUGUCCCACCAGGCUUAAAAGGUGAAAAAGGAGAGAGAGGCUCACCUGGACUACCAGGUCCUCCUCUGCCUUCAGCAUAUUUCAGCCACUUUGUUAACAGCAUGAAGGGUGAGAAAGGAGACAAUGGCGAAAGUGGCUUCAAAGGGGAAAAAGGAGAACCAAGUGGAGGGUUCUUUAUGCCAGGGCCUCCUGGACCCCCUGGACGACCAGGACUAGUUGGGCCAAAGGGGGAUUCAAUUGUUGGGCCAAGAGGCCCCCCUGGGUUACCUGGCCUACCUGGAUCUCCAGGGUAUGGAAUAGUUGGACCUCCCGGCCCACCAGGCCCUCCUGGACCCCCAGGACCUCCAGCGAUAUAUGGCUCAGCAGCUGCUGUUCCAGGGCCACCAGGUCCUCCCGGGGAGCCAGGAUUACCAGGAACUAGGAACCUGGUUACAACAUUCAGAAAUAUUGAUGGAAUGUUGCAAAAGGUUCACUUAGUGGCAGAAGGUACAUUAAUCUACCUGAGUGAAAGUAGCGAGGUAUUUAUCCGUGUUCGAGGAGGAUGGAGAAGAUUGCAGCUUGGGGAAUUAAUUCCCAUCCCAGCUGAUAGCCCUCCACCUCCAGCAAUUUCAGGCUAUGGAUUUCAGUCUCUUCCAGCACUAAGACCAGUUUCAACUAUUAAUCAUGGAAAACCAACACUGCAUUUGGUGGCUUUGAACUUGCCACUUUCUGGUGCCAUGCGAGCUGAUUAUCAAUGCUUUCAACAAGCCCGAGCGGCUGGUUUAAUGUCAACAUACAGAGCUUUCCUAUCAUCCCAUUUGCAAGAUCUGUCUACAGUUGUGAGAAAAUCAGACAGAUACAAUCUACCAAUAGUUAACCUUAAGGGAGAAAUACUCUUCAACAACUGGGAGUCUGUGUUUACUGGCAGCGGGGGACAGUUCAACAUCCAGAGUCCAAUAUACUCCUUUGAUGGGAGAAAUGUCAUGACAGAUCCAUCUUGGCCACAUAAAAUCAUAUGGCAUGGUUCAACUGCAAAUGGGAUCCGGCUAGUUAGCAACUACUGUGAAGCUUGGCGGACAGCUGACAUGGCAGUUAUGGGACAAGCAUCACCACUGACAACUGGGAAACUUCUGGAUCAAAAGCCUUACACCUGCAGCAAUAAGUUUAUUGUUCUGUGUAUUGAAAACAGUUUUGUAUCUGGUAUCCGAAGAAAAUAAUUAAUCUGUUGCACAUAGAAAACAUUUGAAUUUUAUUUCAUAAAACCUUGACACUGAAAUUUAA